UAAUCGUCCAUGAAUUUGAUUAACAAUAGGGGAGAUCCCGGGCUUAUUGAUCAGCAUGACGACCUUGGGAAUUUGAUCCCUUUUGUUCGAGCUGAUUGAUUGGAGAUCAUCUCGGAUUCAUCUUAACGGAGGAAUAAACAUGUCAUGCUGAUUUUUUGGUGUUAACUCUGAGUCACUGUCCAAACAGUAACGGUGGAAGAGGGGAGGGGGGGGCACGAUGACCGACUGCGUUUAGUGGAAAUGUGCGCAUUAACAAGCAGCUUUUGAAAACGCGCUUCAUUUGCGUCACGGGCUCGGCUCGUUCGUUUGCUCUCUCGCAACUGGCCUCAUACUGAUAACAGACAACUGGGCCGAGAAACGCAUGAUGUGGAGCUGCGGUGACAAAACAUCAUAAUGGGAUAACUUUAUUUGGUUGGCCCGCUGAUUGAUCCCUUUUAUUAAACAGCUGUAAAGCAUGUUUCUCAUUCAUAAUGAGGUUUAUUCCUUCAUAUCUGAAGGAUUUCAAAUAAAUAAUCUUUAAUCACCCUGCAUUAAUGACUAGGAAAACCCUCCAUAUCUCUACAAACAUGUCUCUGCCUCCUGAUAAUAAGUCUAUUUGGCUGAACGUCCUCUAACCUACUGUAACCUGGACAUACAAAUUAAGGGGGGAAUUAGUCAUUUAUUUAUUUUUAUCUUUAUAGCUGACUCUCGGGUCAUUUUCACCUUUCCUUUGUGUUUUUUUUGUCCACCAUCAUCAAUCACGGCUCAAUCAUCUCCUGGUGUUAGCUGAAUACAGGGACAGCCUGUCAUCAAAGGCAGAGGGUCUCCCUUAUCACCCGCCGUCCCCACAGGUGUAGAGCUCAGUCCACUCCACACUAAAAUGACAGCAGGAGCUCUGCGUCUGUUGCUCGUCCUCGCUCUCCAGCUGAGAUGCGUCAACCCGCUCGCUAUCCCGCAGGACAGAGGGACUGCGGUGCGGAAGGAAGCUUUGGAUGAGACGGCGAAGGAGAACGCGUUGGUUCAUCUGAAGGAUUUACCUCGAGGUCCGUCUGUUGCUCCUCACAAGAAGGCGCCUCAGUUUAUGUUGGAUCUUUUUAACGCGGUGUCAGUCUCCGAUGGGACCCCGAAAAACCAGAAGGAGAUUCUGGAAGGAAACAUAGUGCGGAGUUUUGAGGAUAAAGGUCACGCUGGAGAGAAGUUUCACUUCUUCAAUCUGUCGUCUUUCGGCAGAGAUGAGAGGAUGAUCAAAGCAGAGUUCCGUUGGUUCAGAAAGAAACAGAAGUUUUUCCUCGGAAAGUCAUACGGACCUCAUUUCUAUAAGGUGGAUCUGUAUGAGGUGCUGGACAGUCGAGUGAAGCCAUGGAGAGGAAACCUCAUCACCUCCAGACUGGUGCCCCUUUACACACAGGGAUGGGAAAUCUUCAAUGUCACUCAAACGGUGUCAAAGUGGAUCCACAACAGUGAGGAGAAUAACGGCAUCCUUGUGGUGACCACACUUCCUUCUGGUAACUGGAUGGAGUCAAUGACAGACACGAGUGCCUAUCUGGUCAUUUUCUCAGAUGAUGAGAGGACAGGAGCAUCAAACCAGUCAUACCUGGGACAAGUCCAACCUGCAGCAGCAGCACCUGAGCUCCACGACCAUCACCGCAGCAGGAGACGUCGUGCAUCUCCAAGUUUGUUGCCCCACGGACACUCCCAGUCCUGCCAGCGGGUUCCCCUUUUCGUUGACUUUGAGGAGAUCGGCUGGUCCGGCUGGAUCAUCUCUCCCCGAGGAUACAACGCCUACCACUGCAAAGGAUCCUGCCCGUUCCCCCUGGGGGGAAACCUCAGAGCGACCAACCACGCUACGGUUCGCUCCAUCAUGCAUGCGCUCAAGCUCUCAAGCGACGAAGUGGGAGCACCAUGCUGUGUUCCCGAUAGACUCCAGUCCAUAAGUUUGUUAUAUUUUGAUGAUGAGGAGAACGUGGUUCUGAAGCAGUACGACGACAUGGUGGCAUUGAGCUGUGGCUGUCACUGACUGGUUGUGCACCUCUUGCACUUUUUAACAAUGGGACAAUGACGGAGAGGGAGAUGAUGGUUUGCUUGAGCUGAUUAAAACACUGUAUUUUCGUCCAUAUGUUUAAAUAUUGUAAUAUUUUGAGAAAUAAAACAACUAUUCCUCAACUAAUAAUCAGUGAUCCUUUGUCUAGUCUAGU